AUGGGUCGCAUGCACUCCAACGGAAAGGGCAUUUCUGCCUCUGCCAUCCCCUACUCGCGCAACCCCCCCGCGUGGCUCAAGACUACCCCCGACCAGGUCGUCGAGCAGAUCUGCAAGCUCGCCAGGAAGGGUGCCACCCCGUCGCAGAUUGGUGUUGUCCUCCGUGACUCCCACGGUAUUGCCCAGGUCAAGGUUGUGACUGGUAACAAGAUCCUGCGCAUCCUGAAGUCGAGCGGCCUCGCUCCCGAUAUCCCUGAGGACCUGUACAUGCUUAUCAAGAAGGCCGUCUCGGUCCGCAAGCACCUUGAGCGCAACCGCAAGGACAAGGACUCCAAGUUCCGCCUGAUUCUCAUCGAGUCGCGUAUCCACCGUCUGGCUCGUUACUACAAGACCGUCGGCGUCCUGCCGCCCACCUGGAAGUACGAGUCCGCUACCGCCAGCACCCUCGUCGCAUAA